AUGGCAGCGCCUGGAGGUGGCUACCAGAACCAGGGCGGAAUGCCACAACACCAGAUGAUGUAUGGUUCUCAAAACCAACACAUGCAAGCGCAAGGACAGGUGCGAGGCAAUUACCCCCCACAAUCGAUGAUGAUAUCUCAUAUGGGAAUGCAACCUUCGUUUGGUGGGCCAGGAAUGCAACCGCAGAUGAUACAUCCAUCGUCACACCAACCGCAAUAUGGAAUGGUGGGUGCAACGCAUAAUCAAAUGCUAAUGCAUCAACAGCAUAUGCAAAGCAUGGGUGGAUCGAUGCCUGGGAUGCCAAUGAACCAGGAUUACCAAAUAAGUCAACCCGGCCCACACCAAUCUUCUACGAUGUCUGGGGGUAUGGGUUCACAGGGAUCGCACGCGAUGGGAGCUUCUGGUUAUGCAAUGUCUGGAAACAAUUACUCGAAUAUGAAUCAAGGAAUGCAAGGAAUGGGUCAGCAAAUGCCAAUGUCUCAGUCAAUGCAACAACCACCGAUGCAACAACCACCGAUGCAACAACAACCGAUGCAACAACAACCGAUGCAACAACAACCGAUGCAAACGAUGCAGCAUCAAAUACAUCAACCACAAUCGCAGCAGCAGCUUCAACAACCAGGUUCACAACAAAUGUCGCAUCUACAGCAGCCCCUAUCGAAUCAAGGAAUGCUUCAGCCUAUGUCGAAUCAAAAUAUACAACAGCCCCUUUCUCAACAGGCGGCUCAGCAAUCACAAUCAAAAAGUCCAAUGGUUCCGGUUAUGACACAACAACAUACACCCCAAUCUAUUCAACAAAUGACUCCACAAAUGAUUCAACCCCAAUCGAUUCCUGGAGCUUCUUGUGGACCUUUAUCAGUUGGACCUUCGACACAAGCACCUAUGUCACAAGGACCGCCACUGAGUGUGAAUCCAGCAACUCCUGGGCCACAAAGCCAUGAACCUCCGAAACUGUUGACCUUGGUUUCCGGAGUUCAAACGCAAAAACAAAAUUAUAUCCAUUCGAAAGCUUUGGAUGAAAGCUCGAAAAACAAGCAACCUGUCGUCCAAGAUUGUGUGCUCGCCGCCAAACGUUUAAUUCAAUACGAUCUGCGUGCAACAUAUUUUGAAUGGAGCCGUAAAAUUGGCGAUUCAAUUCGUAGUGGCAACGAAAACUUCGGAGACGUAAGAAGGGCUCGCGAUGACGUUCUGGCUGUUUGCGAUCUCAUCGAAUCGAACAUGACAACGGUUAUGGAGGCGCACAAGCAAAUGACGAGAUUUGAUAAAGUAUUUGAAAAGGAAAAGGUUCUUUCGAAUGGGAUUGGGGAGGGUUUAACACAGUAUAACACAUUUACCGUUAUCUCAAACUACAACUCCUCGACGCAACAAUCGAUGGAUAACUUUCAUCGCACCAUUAACAAUGUUUCCUCCUUACUGAAACAGAUGCGUAAACGAAAACGAAAAUCCAUCGGUCAUCUCAAAUUUAUGGGUAGAAAAGGACGUUUGUCUGUUGUCGAAAGAGCAAAAGUCGAAGCGUUCCACGCUUCUGGACUGAGCAACCGCGAAAUCGCAACGAAGUUUGGCCGUUCUCAUAAUUUGAUCAACAAUUUCCUGAAGAAUCCGACUUCAUAUGGAAAAACGACACCUACCGGACGUAAAGAACAAGUAACGAAACGCGGAAAACAAGCAAUCAUCGAAGCAGCCACAAAUUCUACUAAAGGAUCUCGAAGAAUUCGCCAUGAGUUGGGCCUAAAUGUCUCGCGUAUGACUGCUUAUCGUGUCAUCAAAAGCUCACCUCAUUUGAAACGAGUCAAAAUGAUGUCAGCACCUACUCUAAAGCCGAAUCACAUUGCUACUAGGGCAAAGUUUGCGAAUGACCAUCCGACUUGGACGGAUGAAUGGAAAGAGACUCCCGAUAUGUCACACUGGCUGAAUGAUGGUCGUCCUAUGGACUCGGACAUUGCCGCCAAUGCUAGAGGAUCUACCAAGCUCACUCCAUUGGAUCAC